CCAUCAGGAGCCGGAGGCUUCUACACAGAGGCUUCGCUUGCCUGGGGGUGGUGUCAGUUUAAACCGCACCGGGAAGGGUCAAACACACAUCAUCCCCCUAGAAUGCAAGUAUUAUGUAGCCCAAACAACUGCAGAGAAGCAAUUUCCGAGGCAACAGGACUCAGGAUACAUUUCUUCAUUCAGGGCUGGGGGCGCGAUUAGCUGUUAGGGAGGGUUCAGAGGACAUUAAAGGAGGUGUUCAGUGACUUACUUUACUGUCUUAACAUAUCCAUCAGUCAGAGGAGUCCAAGGUGUAAAUAUCAGAGAGAAAAAUCCGUCCUGAGCAGGUUCCCCGCCUCAACUUUAUCAUCACUUAUAGAUAAUUAAGCAACAGAGAGGGGGGCGGUGUCAUGUUUUGUUUGGUCCCCACGGAGAAGAAGAGCGUGUUGCAGAAUCGUUCACACCUCCCGGAGGUGGCCGUACGAACUCCCGCAGACCCCGGCUCGCGGGGAGCUGGCGUGAACAGGUCGUUUACCUGGGAGGCGAGUUUACUGCGGGGCGGGGAUGGAGGGACAGGUAAACCAGGUUUCCGAGUGCGCACAGAAGGUCCCCAGCCUCUACUUCGGGAGCAGGUCUCCGCCAGCACCGGGGCGACGCUCCCCGCGCGGGGCCGCGGGCGCGUUGGGCGGUGGAUCGCGACCGCCAGUCCGCGGGGAACGCGGGUGGCGCCCACGCCACCCCUGCGCCUGCGCCGUAAAGCGGCGGCGGCGCCCAGCCCUGGGGCACUCUCCGGGCGACGGUCCCGCCUCCUCGCCGGGUUGGGCGCCCCCACCCCCACCCCCGCCUCCCGCUGCGAGCUCCCGGCCCCGGCGGGCGUGCUGGGGAGCGCGUCCCGCCGGCGUCCCAGACGGCGGGCGGCAUGGGGUCCCGAAGCACCAAGGAAGCAGCCUGAGACGAGAGUCGAAGGAACGCUAGCAUACAUACGUUUUGCUUACAUAUUCAAGGGCUCUCGGAAACAGUCUUAAAGUGAGGCUAAGCUCAGAGAAACAAUCUUUCUUCUUGUAAGUAAAAGUGAAACCGGAAAUUACCCUCGGUACUUCAUUUUUCAUGUGCAUAAAAUCAACUUUUGAUAUCGUUACUUAACUUGCUUGGGGAACCUAACACACAUGGGUGGAAAGUAAAGGAAAAAAAAGGAAAAAGGUAACACGGUUGCAUUGGCCGGGAAUCGAACCCGGGCCUCCCGCGUGGCAGGCGAGAAUUCUACCACUGAACCACCAAUGCUCACGGGAUAAGUUUCUUUCCACAUUUUAAUAGAAGAGAUAUUUCCGUGUGUGUAAUGAUUCCCCUUGUAAUUAUAUG